AUGACUGAUCAUCGAAAGCCCAAGCGAUAUAAAAGUCUUUUCUCAUGGUUUCAAAAAACUGAUACCCCUCCAAGUGGUAGUGAGAGUGGGAGUGUGAGUGAGAAUAGACGUGGGACUGAAAAUUCUGUGCAUGAUGUCCCCAGGGAUGUCCCUUUAGUUUCUUCUAUAUCUAUACCAGUAGAAGAGUGUCGUAGUGAAAGAAUUGAGGUAGGAGGGUUUGAUAUUACAUCUCUUGAGCGUGAUCCAGGAUUACGACGUCCAUGCCAAGGUCGAAAAUUUAAUCACAAGUGGUUUAAAGAUUGGCCUUGGCUUGAGUAUUCUGCACAAAUGGACAAAGCAUAUUGCUUCCCUUGCUUCUUAUUUGAUAGAUAUCCAUCCCACCAUCCAGCAUUCACUGAGCAUGGGUUUCAAGGUUGGAAGAAUAUUAUGUCAAAGCAAUCUGGCAUUCUUAAACACAUGGGAGGUAUAAAUUCACCACAAAAUACUGCCAUGCACAAGUGGGAGACACUAAGAAACCCAACUAAGCAUAUUGAGAGAGUCAUUAGCACACAUUCAUCCCAAGAAGCAGCAAAUCACCGACUUCGGCUUAUUGCUACUAUAGAAUGUGUAAGGUUGUUAGCCAAACAAGGAUGUGCUUUUAGAGGGAAUGAUAAGUCGGCAGAUUCAACUAAUCGUGGAAACUUCGAUGCAAUUUUGAGUUCAUUUGGAAGAAUGAAUCUAGAAGUUCAAAGGGUGUUUGAUAAUGCUCUUGGAAAUGCCAAGUAUACUUCUCCAUUAAUACAGAAACAAAUUGCAAAUAUAUUAGGCAACAAAGUUAGAGAGAAGAUUCGAGAUGAAGUUGGAUCAGCCAAAUUUUGUAUCUUGGUUGAUGAAGUGGUUGAUGCAUCUAGUAAGGAGCAAAUGGCUAUCAUACUUCGAUUUGUUAAUUGUCAUGGGUUUAUUAGAGAAAGGUUUUUCAAAAUUCUUAGUGUUGCAGACACUUGUUCUCAGACUUUAUAUUCUGAGAUAUCUAAAGUCCUUACUCACAAUGAUCUUCAAAUAGAAAAUAUGGGUGGUCAAGGAUAUGAUGGUGCUAGUAACAUGCGGGAUGAAUUUAAUGGUUUACAAGCUUUGUUUCGUGAAAAGUGUCUGUAUGCAUAUUAUGUGCAUUGCUUUGCUCAUCGCUUGCAAUUAGCUUUAAAUGCCGCUGCCAAAGGGGUGGAUGAUAUUUAUACAUUUUUUGAUACAUUAAGCUUCGUUGUGAAUUUUGUAGAUUCUUCUGCAAAGAGACAUUCAGCUUUGAAAGCUACCAGAGAAGAAGAGAUUGCAGAAUUAGUGGCUGCUGGCAAACUUCAAAUAGGUACAGGGGCUAAUCAAGCUUGCACUUUGCAACGAGCAGGGGCAACUCGUUGGGGUUCACAUUUUCGCUCUAUAACAAGUUUGAUUAAUCUAUUUGGAGCUACCCGAACAACUCUUGCAGAACUGGCUGCAAAUGGACCAAAAAAGAUACAAGCAGAAGCAAAGAAUGUGGAUAACUGA